AUAAUGAGUGGAAGCUUAAAAAAAUCUUACUUGAUAUUUGUAUGCUUCCUUAUCUACAUACUGGUGAAGAGAUUAAUGAACGGUUAUGCUCUAUUCUUGCAGCUUUUAAUAUUACUAGCAAAGUUUUUUGUACUACUACUGAUAGAGGCUCUAAUAUAAUUUCAGUAAUGCAAUUAUUAAAAGAGAAUUUAGUUUUAAAAAAUAAUUUUCAUUUUCGUUCUUGUCGUUGCUUAGCUCAUAUAUUAAACUUUAUUGUUACAGCUAGUUUAUUAUCUAUUAAAUCAUCAAUUGAAAAAGUACAUAACUUUGUUAAUAUUAUCUCAUCAUUAUCAUCUAUAACUCAGGAUUUUAAAGAACUUAGACAAUCAAUCAGUGAAACUUAUAUAACUAUGCUAACAACAAUUGCUACUGUUAUUAGACAUAAUAAAAAUUUUCACAAAUUUAAACUUACAUUACAAGAAGAAGCUAAUCUUCAUACUGCAAUACAAUUUCUUGAACUAUUUUAUGAAACAACUAAUGUUCUUUCUGGUAGUACUUAUACAACUUUAGGUAUUUCUAUUUUACUAAUUGAUGAUAUUAUUGAUAAUAUCUUAUUAUAUAUUCAUGAUUCAACAACAUUUAUAGCUGCUAUCCUCGAUCCUCAAAUUAAAUUAGAAUUAAUAUCUAAUGAUAUGAAUAUUGAAGCAAACUGUUCUAUUUUUAAUAGUAUUUUUAAAACAAAAUACUCUAACCUUAUUCUAAAUAGUUUACCUACAAAUUUAGAAGUGCCAUUAAAUUUAAUAUAUACAGAACAGAUAGCUAAAGAUUAUUUAGCUGUUCAAUCUAUAUCAGUACCUUCUGAACAAGUAUUUUCUAAAGCAG